AUGGAAGUCAAAGAAUGCAAUGACUUAACAGAGGAAAAUCAAUUUAUUGUGGAUGAUGUGAGUAAAAUUAUUAAAGAAGCGAUUGAAAAUUCUAUAGGGGGUAAUGCAUAUCAACAUAAUAAGGUAAACCAAUGGACAUCUGCUGUAGUGGAAUCGUGUUUGGGACAGCUUACGAAAUUGCAAAAGCCUUAUAAGUAUAUAGUGACUUGCACAAUAAUGCAGAAGAAUGGUGCCGGGUUACAUACAGCCUCUUCAUGUUUUUGGGACAACAAUACCGACGGUUCCUGCACCGUCCGCUGGGAGAAUAAGACCAUGUACUGCAUCGUCUCUGUAUUCGGAUUAGGCAUUUGA